AGCCCACAACCAACAUAAAAAAAAAAACCAUUGUGUCAAGGAGACAGCACCAAAAGGCAAAACGAAGGAGACCAUGGCAAAGAAGGUGGCAGUGAUUGGAGCUGGAGUCAGCGGCCUGGUCUCACUGAAGUGCUGUGUGGAUGAGGGACUGGAACCCACUUGCUUUGAGCGGACUGAAGAUAUUGGAGGGCUGUGGAGGUUCAAAGAGAAUGUUGAAGAUGGCCGAGCAAGUAUCUAUCAAUCUGUCAUCAGCAACACCAGCAAAGAAAUGUCCUGUUUCAGUGACUUUCCGAUGCCUGAAGACUUUCCAAACUUCCUGCACAAUUCUAAGCUCCUGGAAUAUUUCAGGAUUUUUGCCAGAGAGUUUGAUCUUCUAAAAUAUAUUCAGUUCCAGACAACCGUCCUCAGUGUGAGAAAACACCCAGAUUUCUCAUCCUCUGGCCAAUGGGAGGUUGUUACUGAGAGCAACGGCAAGAAGCAAAGCGCUGUCUUUGACGCGGUUAUGGUUUGCAGUGGCCAUCACAUCCUCCCUCACAUCCCACUGGACUCCUUUCCAGGUAUUGAGAAGUUCAAAGGCCAGUAUUUCCAUAGCCGCCAGUACAAGCACCCAGAGGGAUUUGAGGGGAAACACAUCCUGGUGAUCGGACUAGGAAACUCGGCCUCAGAUAUUGCCGUUGAGCUGAGUAAGAAGGCUGCUCAGGUUUUUAUCAGCACCAGACAUGGUUCCUGGGUCAUGAGCCGUAUCUCCGAAGAUGGCUAUCCCUGGGACAUGGUGUUGCACACCCGGUUUAUUUCCAUGUUCCGAAAUGUCCUGUCACGAUUCAAAAUAAUUCGAAAAUGGAUGAUGGAACAGCAGAUGAAUCGGUGGUUCGACCAUGCAAAUUAUGGCCUUCAGCCUCAAAACAAACAUCUCAUGAAAGAACCUGUAGUAAAUGAUGAUCUUCCAAGUCGUAUACUCUAUGGAGCCAUCAAGGUGAAAUCAAGAGUGAUAGAGCUCACAGAAACUUCCGCCAUCUUUGAAGAUGGAACAGUGGAGGAGGAUAUUGAUGUCAUUGUCUUUGCAACGGGAUAUACUUUCUCUUUUCCCUUCCUGGAAGAGUCGGUUGUUAAAGUAAAGGAUAAUACGGUCUCACUGUAUAAGUACAUGUUCCCUCCUCACCUGGAGAAGUCAACUCUGGCAUGCAUUGGUUUCAUCCAGCCCCUAGGCUCCAUUUUCCCAACUGUUGAACUUCAAGCUCGUUGGGCAACCAGAGUUUUCAAAGGCUUGUGUACCUUGCCCUCAGAGAAGACUAUGAUGGCGGACACCAGCAAGAGGAAUGAAAAAAGAAUAGAUCUGUUUGGAAAGAGUCAGAGUCAGACACUGCAGACCGAUUACAUCGACUACUUGGACGAGCUCGCUUCAGAGAUAGGUGCGAAGCCAGACCUCCUGUCUCUCCUGCUAAAAGAUCCCAAACUGGCCGUGAAGCUCUAUUUCGGACCCUGCAACUCCUACCAGUACCGGCUCACUGGGCCUGGGCAGUGGAAGGGAGCCAGAAGUGCCAUUGUCACUCAGAAAAAGAGGAUACUGAAGCCUUUGAAGACACGGGCACUAACAACCUCAUCUACUCUCCUAGUUUCCUUCCUGUUGAAAAUCCUGGGGCUUCUUGCUAUUUCUGUGGCCUUUUUUUUCCAGCUUCACUUCUAAUCUGUCAGAGUAAGGCUUUUGACUUUAGUGUCAGUCAACUCCUCUUUAAAAACAAAAAAGGCUAAAAGAAAAAAAUAUUAAAUCUAGAUUCUAUGUUUCAGAGCUGAUAGGAACAGAGAGGUGGUUGUAGAGAAUUAGCAGAAUUAGGUCCGUGUAAAACACCAAAAUGGCGUCAUGAAAUUUCUCGGCCAUUCCAACCUUUCCUCAAGUUCGCCAGAUUCUCCAAAAGGACAAAUAACAUGGCCAUGUACAUAGUGCUGCCAGCCCUUACAUAACAGAGUUGUGUGGAAAUAAAUAGAAAUGCACAGAAUGAAAAGCAGGCCCCAUGGCUUAAAACAUUGGAAAAUUUCAACAGUGAGUAAAUAUCUAAUCCCCUGCGUGAUGCUCUUAAUGGUCCCCUUACCCAGACUGUAUUUGGUAACAAAGUCCUUGGGUGUUACGUCAUGCUCCAUUUGCUUAGUGGGGCAUUGCUCAAAAAUCCUGGA